AUGGCCCAGGUCAGGAAGAGUCCGGAAUGGGUUUCCUUUGCCCACCCACCUCGGGGCAAGUGGAAAGGGAGCUGCUCCCUAGACGGGAGCCAACCGCAGCUGGGAAAGGAGAAUGAGCCGUCUGCCUGGGACGGGCCAGACACACGGAGCCACAGCAAGAUCCCUGUCCUGUCCAAAAGCCGCCUGCCCCCGGACUUCCAGCAGCUGCACCAGGCCUGGGAGAGCCAGUUCCAGAAGGGGAAGGCUGCCAGUAAGAAGCCCUGUACACAGACCUGUCCCUUUAACCUGACCUGCAAAGGGGACAAGUUCCACGUUGUGCCUUGCGCUGAUAUGGCUGCAGCCACGGAGCCGCCAGUGGGAUCCCCCAAUCCGCUGAACAGAAGCCAGCCCAGAGGCCCCCUGGAGGAGAUACAGCUGGGGGCAGCAGCGCAGAAGAACGCGCCAGGCAGCAGCGUCCCCAGUGGCAAAGAAGUGGAGUUCGUGGCUGACCCGGUGGCUUUGGCCAGCAUCCUCUCCAAUGUGGGGCUGGCAAACGGCACACUGGGUGUGGCCAGGAAACCCAGCCUGGCCCGGCGGGUCCCUCUGAGGGGGAGCAGGGGAAACUCGGUCCAUGCCAGCGGGAGCGCACGGACUGUGAGUGGCUCCCUGUAUGUGGCCUCGGGGACCCCUGCCUUGUGCCUGGAUCCAGCCCGCAUCUCCUGCUUCUCCCGGCUGGCGCCUCAAGACGCAGCUCGUCGAGCCACACGGGAUCCUGCUCAGCACCGUGGCCUGCUCCUUAAAUCUCAGCAGAUCCAGGCCCUGUCGGAGACGCUGAGGGACCUGGGGUCCCGUGCCCAGCCCGCAGGGCACCCCGCUCUGCAGAGACUUGGCGCAGGGGCGAAGGAGGCGUGUCGGGGGCGCCCGCAUCCCAUUGCCACAGCAACACGGUGCGAAGCCGGCGGAACCAGGGACCAGUCCAGCAACGGCAGGCCGGGGUCCUCGAGCAAUGGCAAAGCAGCGGGGGGCGAGGCUGGCACUGGGGGGCAGAGUGCAGCCCACAGCAGCGGCUCAGCCUCGAGGAGGGAUCCUAUGGGAGCACCACAGACAGAGGAGUUCGUGCCGGACCCGGACGCCCUGGCCAGCGUCCUCUCCAACAUGGGGCUGAGCCACGCUGCCCUGGGGCCCACGGGGAAGCUCAGCCUGGCUCGGAGGGUGCCGGUGAAGGGGCCACGGGGCGUCCCGCCCUCCACUCAGGGGAGCACCACGGGCAGCAGGACCUCGCUGCUGAGACCCCAGGGCAGCGUCCCCCCGACGGGCGACUUCGGCCGCACCUCCUGCUACUCCACACUGGGACUUAAAGGUGUUGAGGCCCCGGAUGGUCUCCAAGCAGCCCAGCUGGCAGGUACGCCCAGGACCCGGGAGAUCAACCGCUAUUUGCCCUUUGGCUCCGCCCGGAGGGUGCCCGUCACGCAGCCUCAGUCCCUGCGCAGCACCUGCUUCUCCACCCGCCGCCUGGCCAUCUUCCCCCGCACGCCCCGCACCGCGGAGGCCCUGGACAAGCACCCGGCCCAGGGAGCACUGCAGCCCCCAGCCAGGUGGGCCGGUGGCCUCUCCCCGGAGCCCCGAAGCUCUGACCCCGAUGAGUUGGCCCUGCCCUGGGAGAAGAUCGUGGUGCGUCUCUUUGGGGACGGGGAGAGCCAGGCAGCCGCGGAAGCGUCGGUGAGGAAAGCGCUCGCCCGGCCCGGCGAGGGGAGCAGCAAGGCGCAGCGCAUCGAGUUUCUGACCCGGCUCCUGCGGAAGGAGGUGGAGGGGGCAGGCGGCUCCUCCGGCCUGGAAGAGCUCCAGAGCCUGCUGGCUGCCUGUGCCCCGUCGCCCGGGCCCCCCCGCACGCCCCUUCCCCUGCCAGCAGCCGGUGUCGGGCCGCAGCGACUCCCCUCCCCCUCUUCCGGCCAGGAGCCUGGGCUGGGCCCUGCCAGCGGGACGACGCCCCCGGCCAGCUCUGCUGCCUUCCCUGCUGCAGGCACCACGCUGACCUUCUCCUCCCAGCGGCCCGUCUGCUCCCACCCCCUCAUCUGCUCCCUGAGGUCCCCCGCCGCCAGUGGGGGCGCUGCAGGGGCCAGGGCUGCCCCCACCACCCCCCCGUCCCGCGUGGCCCUGGUGAAGCAGCGGCUCGGGAACCUGCUCAGCGCCCCCCAGCGCUUCCAGGAGGCCUGCCUGGACGACGAGUGUGCCUUCUACACGGGCCGGCCCCCCGCCCGCCUGCCCCCCGCCCCCCGCUGCUGCACGGACCCCGUGGCCACGCUGCUGCAGGCCCAGGAAACCAUGCACUUUAUCCCCAUCAUGCAGCCGGCACCUGGUGGCCCCCCGGGGGAAGCCAGGAGCUCACUACAGGCAAACCUGCCACCCCAGCCCUCGAGAUGA